UUGGCUCAAGUCCCUCGCUCAAAGCGCUUUCAUAUGUCCGGGUGUGUUUGUUAGCAAUGGCAGUUCGUGCCGUGGUCGCAUGCCUGUUGUCUCAGCAAGUCUUCGCUGAAAUGCACAGAGGCAGUAUGAGCAUGUGGGCGUCUACCAAAGACACACUGGUGGGCUACAAAAGCAUGGGGAGCGCUUGCAUGUUUGCUGACAAAAAGAUGGGCGGCCUUGAGUCUGUGACUGCGCAAACACCUUACAUCAAAGCCAAGAACUACUGCGCUGUGAAUCGCGGGCUCUAUGGCAACGGAGAGGUGUGCGGCCGGUGCUACAAGCUGACCUACAAGGGCGACCACGAGCAGGGCCUGGGGCGUCCAGGCAGCCACGUGGUGCAGGUCGUGGACUCGGGCAGCUGGGCCACCUUCGACUGUCACAUGACGGUCUUCAACAAGAUCACCGACUACGACACCGGCAUCUUUCCCGUGGAUUACGAGGAAGUGCCCUGUGAGACAUCCCCGGAGGGUCCCAUUGCAGGAGUUUUGGACGACGACUACUACUGGACAAAGUUUGUGUUCAGCAAUCUCCGAUAUCCGGCCACGGCUGCCACCAUCACAAUCGGCGGCAAGCCGCAUAAGAUGAAGCUGAUUGGCGGCUACUGGGGCGCCUGGACAGGCCCGAUCAAGGGACCCACCGACAUCAAGGUUACGGAGGAGAACGGUGACAAGGUGAGCUUCCACAACUGCUUUGGUGGCUGGAAGAACAGGAAGACCGGAGCUGCUUGCAAAACCUCGCAGUCCCAGUCCCUUGUUGGAGCCAAAGCGUUUCCCCGGCAGUCCCUGUCCCUGAUGCGCUGGGAAAUUGACCCCUCGCAGCUUUGAACUGCCAGCGAUGGGGCCUUUGCCAAUUUGCACCUUCGUGCUUUGACA